AUGGCCGCGCCCAAAGCCCGCCGCAACACCACCAUCAUCGCCGCGCUGUUGUACGGCAUCUCUGUCCCAUUUCUGGUCCUCACCCUCAUCGGCAACACGCACGAUCGACCCGUCUUGCGAGACACGUACUUUUUCAAACUCGACGUUGCUCAGAUAAUCCCCAUCGCCGUGGCGAACUCGGGGUUGCUUAAUUCUGUAGCCCGGAGUUUGGGACUCCACGAUUUCUAUCAGGUUGGCGUUUGGAAUUUCUGUGAGGGAUACAACGAUGUCGGCAUCACACAUUGCUCGCCGCCACAGACAUUCUAUUGGUUCAAUCCAGUUGAAAUUCUCGUCAGCGAGCUUCUGGCCGGCGCCAAAAUCGCGCUGCCCUCCGAGGUGCUGACGAUCUUGCGACUGCUCCAAAUCGGCUCCAAAGUCAUGUACGCCUUCUUCAUGGCCGGCACCAUUAUCAAUCUCGUGCUGCUGCUGGGGACGCCGCUGGCCAUGCGGACCCGGUGGUUCUCUCUGUUCCUCUCUCUGCUCGGCGGCCUCUCGGGUCUUGUUCUCACCGUUGCCGCCAUCAUCGCCACCGCCAUCAGUGUCGCGGCCAAGAUUGCCCUCACCGCCCAGGACCAGCUCAACAUCAAGGUCCAUAUCGGCGUCAAAAUGUUUGCUUUUAUGUGGAUUGGAGCCCUGGCCACCGACUUUGCUUUCGUGCUUCACGCCGCCAUGGGCUGCUGCUGCAAGCCUCUCCGCAACAAGUCGCCCGGCGAGGCAGCGCCCGAGGCAGCGCCCGAGGGUGACUCGAAAAACACGAUUACGCAUCUGCCCAACUUUAUAAGACGGCGCAAGAGGCCUUCCCCUUUGUUGUAG